GAGGUCUGUUCAAAAAGUAUCGCGAAUUUUGAAUUUCCGCGGGUUACGUAUAUUCGAUUUUCGAUUUUUUUGUGGCGUUAUGUUGGUACUCAUGUCUCUCACUUAUGCCGACAAGUUCGGCCAUUUUGAAUGUUCAGUUAAUUUUUGACAGCUGCUUUGCUUGCACGUGUUUUGGUUCGUCUUCGAUUUUUGCCUAUUCCAAAAAAUGGAUCAAAGAAUCUGUAUCAAAUUUUGUGUGAAAAACAAAAUUAAGUGCGCGGACGCAUUCCGAAUGUUGACUGUGGCAUAUGGUGAAGCUACCUUGGACCGAAGCAACGUUUAUCGGUGGUACAAAAUGUUCUCAGAGGGCCGAGAAGAUGUGAACGACGAAGAGCGUGCCGGACGCCCGAGCACGUCAACAACAGACGAAAACAUUGAUGAAGUGAAGAAAAUAGUAUUGGCCAAUCGUCGAAUCACCGUCAGAGAAGUUGCUGAGGACCUAAACAUAUCGAUUGGCUCGUGCCAUUCGAUUUUUACCAAUGAUUUGUGGAAGAACAAAAAUUGGCUUUUGCACCAUGAUAACGCCCCUGCUCACACAUCGUUGCUUGUGCGUGAAUUUUUGGCCAAAAACAACACACUAAUGAUGCCGCAGCCACCGUAUUCCCCAGAUCUGGCCCCCUAUGACUUUUUCUUGUUCCCGAAGCUGAAGAGACCCAUGAAAGGACGACGCUACGCUACGAUUGAGGAGAUAAAGACGGCAUCGAAGGAGGAGUUGAACAAGAUCACAAAAAAUGAUUUUUUGAAGUGCUUCGAGGAUUGGAGAAAACGUUGGCACAAGUGUAUAAUAUCUGAUGGGGAUUACUUUGAAAAGGGGACAAAAUAG